UGCUCGGUGCGUCAUAUGUAUUACAUCUUCAUGCUCUUCUCUUUGUAAUUUUUUACCGAUUUAUCGGUAAAGUUUAAAAGUUAAAAUAAUAAAAAUUACAAUAAUUUGUGGUUAAAAAAGUGAAUUUGUGGUAAAGUUAUGUUUGAUAUUUAUUUUUGUUUUAAUUAUAUUAUUAUUGUUAUUAUGUGAUCGGUGAAUUGGUUUACAAGUUACCAAAAUGAAGAAUAGAUACUGGAACUUACUAAGAGAUUUUUUCGUUCUUGCUGUUAUUAAUGGUGUCAGCGGGCUAAAGGAUGUUAAGGUGGAAAUACCCGAGGCGGUCGCAGUCGGGUCUCAAGUGACGCUCACAUGCCGGUACGACCUCCAGAACGACGUUCUCUACGCGGUCAAAUGGUACAAGGGCAAGGACGAAUUUUACAGGUUUGUGCCCAAGGAACUGCCCCCGCUUCUCGUAUUUGGGAACUUAUUUGCUCAUAAUAUUGAUAGGACCACAAGUGAUGCUCACCAAGUAACGAUAACGAACGUAACAAACGAAAUGGAGGGAAAAUAUCGCUGUGAAGUAACGAACGACAUACCGGACUUUCAUACACUGCGAAAAGUUGGAUACAUGCACGUAGUCAGUCUACCUCAAGGUAGUCCCGAGGUGCUCGUUGAGAAGCAGAGAUACGCGAUUGGGGAGACAGUCAAAGCCAACUGUACCACUCCACCCAGUAAUCCAGCCACUAAUGUCACUUGGACUGUCAACGGAAUUCCGGUAAAUUCAAGCUAUCACCGCAGCAUACCACUGGGAAGCGACAAUCAAACUCGAGCUUACGCGGAGCUUGAUUUUGAAAUAACGCAAGACAGCUUCACAAGCGGAAAACUAAAGAUCAUUUGUCAUGUUAAUAUUUUCAAACUUUACAAGAGGGAGGCUAUUGCGACGGUUGAAGAAGAACGCCCGAGACUGGCCUCUGUACUUGGGACAAGAGAUUCACCUCACACUAAUGUAGGAUCAAAACACACCGCAGAAUGGGUGUUGUGCGUGGUAACAGCCGCUAAUUUGGUGCUUCGCGGUCUCAGAUAACACCGAUGAGCCAGCACAAUUUACUCUUCGCCAACAAGUUACCCAGGAGAUAAAUAAACCGCCGCAUCCCUACGCUGGAGCCUACGUCCACUUAAAUCAAACAAGUGAUCGAACAAGUGAAUCAAAUUAAUGAUAAUAAAAGUUAAUUAAUAAAUUAAUAAAUUAAAAAUUUAAUAAAAAAAUAAUGAAAUAAAAUGGAUUGCGUUAUUCGUGUAAAUAGAAUAAUUUACGAUUAGCGAAUAUCUUAAUAACAAACAUUUAAAAAAAUCGCCUAUUAUAUUAAAUUAAAUUCAAUUAAUAUAAUAGCGAAUUUAUUUAGUCGCACUGUCACCUGCGACUGUCUAAAUAAUUGUGUUAGAUCACCAAUUACCCCGACCCCUAUCGAUAUUUAUUAUUAACUAAUUAUAUAUGUAUUAUAAUAAAUAAAAUGAAACAAAAAUUAAAAUAAUAUUAAUAUAAAUAUGUAAUGGUGUUUUCUAUCCUGACACAUGAUUAUUUUGAUACCUCCGAUAAAAUGACAAUUUUAAUAAUUAAUGUAGCUUACACGAUACGUCCUUCUAGUUAUUGUUUUAUUAUUUAUAUUUAUUAUUGUAAUUAUUAUUAUGAUUAUUAUUAUUAUUAUAUGGA